AUGGGAUCUUUAUGCAGUCACUGCAAAAAAUGCAAGAAAACAGUUGAUCAUUUGGCUACGCAGUGUGGGAAGAUGUUAAACAGUGAUUAUCUGCGGAGACACAAUGAAGUUGUGAAGUGCAUUCACCUUCAUUUGUGUCGAACCUACGGUAUUAAGAGAGGAAGCAAAUUAAAGACUCAUUCUGUUCAGUCCAUAUUAUCGACGCAGAAUGUUGAAAUCAGAGUCGAUAUGUCAAUCAUGACGGAAACUAAAGUUCAAUCCAACAAACCAGAUAUCUUCGUGUAUGACAAAACCAAACAAGAGAUAACCUUAAUGAAGUUGGCAUCACGUCACAAGAUCGCCUCAAACAAGUCGAAAUCGAGAAAUUUCGUAAAUAUGAUCUGCUCGCAAACGAACUUUCGAUACUUUAUGGCAAAGGUAAAGAUUAUCCCGGUUGUCUUGACCUGGGACGGUGUGGUUCGAGAUAUUUCAAAAACUAUAUGGACAAAUUAUCGAUCGAAAAAGCCCAAGAACUUAUAUUCAAUUGUCGUUUUAAAAAGGACUCUAGAAAGCAUGGUAGUUGAACACAGACAUGGAGUGAGAGUAUCUACCGAAGAAUACGCCUCUGCUGUUACCAGCUUGCAGAAGUGGCAUGCUGCCGUGACACGCCGGUGA